CUCCACGCGGCGUUUCUUCCCUUAUUUUUCGUUUUCCAAUUUCCAACUUACAAAGAAAAAAACGUUACACUCAGUAACAUGACCAACACUUACUUGCAUGACUCUCUCUCUCUCUCUGUUUAAUCUUUGACUUGGCCCAUGCCUAACUUCAUCUCCAAGCUCUCUCUCUCUAGCCGUCACGCGGCACUGCAUGAAUUUCUCUCUCUAGACUUUGCUUAUAAAAAACCACACCAACCUUCCAUAACAAACACUUCUAUACAUUAAAGCCAUUUCCUUUUCGCUUUCUCUCUGCUUCACUUACAAAACCCAGAUAUUUUAUUCUCUCUCUUUUCACUUCUGCAACAUCCAUGGCUCGUUCUUCUGCCUUAGCGCUCUUUUUCUUGCUCAUCAUAGUUUCUACAUUCGUGUCAAACACAGAAAGCAGGAAGCUUUUGAUGACUAGUAAAAAGGAGGAUUCUGGUUCUGUCUCUUCCUCGUUUGCCAGCUUAGUUCUCGGUGUCCUUCCUAAGGGCACUGUACCAUCUUCUUCGCCUAGCAGGAAAGGUCAUGCCACCCUAGCCAACGAGCAGCUCUUCCAAAGGCAUUUGGCCACUAUUGAUCGGAUUCUAGGGUCUGUUCCAAGCCCUGGCGUUGGUCAUUAAACUCUCUGCAGUUCUAAAAUUUAAUUUUCUUGGAUAUUAUUUGUUCAUUAAUUAGUUUCAAUCUUAUAUUAUCCACUAAAAUUUUGAUAAAUUCUUUAGUUUUUUUCUUUUUUUGUUCUUAUUUGUGGUGGGUUAGACAAACACGGAAUGGUAGAGCUACAUAGUGGACUGGCUGUCAAUUCUCUUUCAUUUUCUUUUUGUUAAAAGGGGUUGAUUUACAUGUUUGCAUCCCUUUAUUAUUACUUACAAACAGUCUCGUGAAAGUGAUGUCGCAUUAUUUCAUUUUGUCA